UCAUGGAAAUUCAACUUAUUUUUUCCCUUUAUUCUAUAUCUGUUUAUUUAUUUUCUCUUUCCUUUUUUUUUUUUUUGAAAAUUUAUCCUAAUAAUCAUUUGUUAAAGUGGUUCAUUACACCAAAAUUUUAUUUCACUCCUCCUGUACAUAAACACCUCGUAGGAAACACGAUUUCACCAUCAACAGAGUGAUAGAAGUUCUCAAUCAUUUCAUUUGAUGUUUUGUGAUUGUACUUUUUAAAAAUAAUCUACUCUCCACAGGACAAAUUAAUCCACACGUUACCUCGGGUGUUGGUUUUUUUUUUUUUCGUUCCGCUUCAUUUUCUGUUCCGCGCUUUAGCAAUACCCUCUACUUCAAAACCUUUUCCGACCGCCGCCAUUAUCAGAAUUUACACGCGCAGCUUGGCUCAGCGCCAAUUAACAACGCCUUCACGUCAGUCACGAUGCCUAAAAUCCGGAACACCUGUAUAGAGUGGGUAAUGUUAACUCUCAUAAUCACCUUCCAAGGAAAUUUCGUACACAAUAUAGAACUGCCGGCAUCUGCGUGCAAAGAAUCGAUAUCUACAGAACAAUCAGUUAAUGCCUGUCCAAUCAACAAAAAGGAACAUGAUGCAGCUUCAAUGAGAAAAUCCUGCCGAAACAUCCCUAAAAUGUGUAAAUCUUUUGAGUACCACUGCGUCCUCAAUCAGUGGCUGAAUGGAACAGUUGAAGUCUGUGCAACAUCAAUAUACAUCCAAUCAAGAAAAUGUGCCAUGUUUAUUACAGAGUUACAGAGUAUCCGUGUUAGUUAUUCAACAAAUUGCAAGACAUGUCCAAAUGUUUACAAUUCGUCUGAAAUUUAUAAAUAUCCUGAAUGCUAUGAUGAAGUAAGAAGAUCAUUAACCUCAGCGCAGCCGUCGACUACGAUGGCGACAGAGACGACACUCUACCUCAAUACUACAUCUUACCUUAACGUCACACAGACCCCAACUACAGGAGGUGACAUUUAUCCACUUGAUGACGAUAACAGUAAAACAACAGUAGUAUAUGUGGUUGUCGCAGUGCUGUUGAUAUUGACAUGCAUAUGUCUAGUGACAUGUUACAUCUGGAGGAGGAGAUAUUCUAGAACCAAGAGAUCAACAGAAGAAUUGUCUUUAAAAGCACCAAGAACAUCAGAAAUGGAACACCUGACCACAGAAGGAGAAGGAACACUGCAGGAAGAAAAACCUUUAUAAGAAUAUGAAUACAUGGGAGGAUAGCCUUUGAAGAUAACGACUUUGUAGCCUUAUGCGAUGAUGUUUUAAAGUAAAUUGUGCUGAUGUUCGAUGGCAAGCAAUAUUUAGAUUAACACUACAUGGAAAUGCUGGCGAAUCAAGAAAUUGGGAUGCAUACCAUACAUAUGUGUUACAUACAUAUUUAAUCUGAUUGUUAUUCUUGAAAGUUUAUUUUAUUUUAAAAUGUAAUGUUUUAGUUUUGUUUUACAAAUUAAUUGUAUUUUAUUCUUAUUCACAUGGAGAUUGUGUUCAUUUGUUUUUUACAUGGGAAAUGUGUUCAAUCUUUACAUGGAGAUUGUUUUCAGCUCUCUUCAAGGAAAUUGUUUUCAAUUAUUUUGUACAUGGAAUUGUGUUUCAUCUUUAUAUAGAAAUUUUUUCCAUGUUUUACACGCCAAUCUGUGUUCCAUUUUUAGUUCACCUGUCUAUUGAAGUGACUACCUGUCCGUCCGUCUGAUAGUCAUACCAUCUCUGCGUAUGUCCGUCCGUAAACAUUUUACACUUUCAUCUUCAUUUCUAAAACCACUGGGCCGACCAGUGUUAUCCAAAGUCCUUGGGUUCUAAGUAUGUAUGUUAAGUUCAGGAACGAUGUUCACAAUUUGUUAAAAUAUGAAUGGGUAUUCUUUUUUUAAAACAAAUCUUCUCAAGAACUACUAGACCAGAAAAGACCAAAUUUACGUGAAAUACACCUUAAAGAAUGUAAAUUCAAAAUUAUUCAAACGACUGUGGCGAUGCGAUUUAGAGGUGAAUAUGUAAAAAAAAUCUCGUUUAAAAUAUUUAAAAUAUUCUGAUGAGGAAGAACAAGUCCUUAAUAAGUGGUUUUCAUAUACAAGCGUCCUCAGAUUGUGCAGUUUCAAGUUUGUGCAAGUCAUGGUGUGGUAGAUUGGAUGAUGGCCCCAAUUUGGGAUCCCCGUUUUAUAUUAGAAAAUAGCAAGGUCAUGAUUAUUGAUAUCAGUAAUAACAAAGCAUCCUCAGCUUGUAAAAGUUCAUGUUUGUUCAAUUUGCGGUUCACGGAGGUUGGUUGAAGUCAGUAUGGGGGAUCAAAAUUUUAUAUGUGUAUCAAAUGAAAUGUCUUCUUAUGAACAGCUAAUGAUGAAUCAUGUUGGUAGACAGGCAUCCCCAGGUAGUGCAAAAUCAUUUUGUUUCAAAAUCAGUGCUCCCAAAGUCAGGUAGAGCCACAAUAGUGAUUGCAUUGGAAGUUUUACUAGGAAUAUUAGGACAAAACUUUAAAAAAUAUUCUGCUGAAGAAUAACAGGGUCAUGAUUAGUAAUAUAAGUAUGGCAGCAUCAUCAGGCAGUUCAGAUUCAAGUUUAUUCAAGUCCUGGCCGGGAUAAGAUGGAGCCUCAAUAGGGGAUCAAAGUUUUACAUUUAUUUUUUACAAAUCUUAUUCUCAUGAGUAGUAGGACCAUGAUUAGUCGUAAUUUUAUGAAAGCAGGUAAAUUUUGAUGGUAGAUAUGGGUCACAAUAGUUUUACAUGAGAAUGUAUGGGGUGGGAAAUUGAAAAUCAUGAAAUUAUGGAUUAUGGGGUUAGGCUAGACCUAACAUCGGGAAGUAUAGUUUAGAUGAUACAUCAAUAUAUGUGGAUUUAAGUUGGCUUAAGUUAUGUCAAUGUUUGGCUUGGAUGGAGUCAUGCUAUGGAUUUACGAUUUUUCGUGGGAAUAGAGUGGGUAAAAUAUCUUUUAUAAAAAAAAGCAUCAGUUUUUUCAAGAACAGCAGUAUCAGAUUAAUUGAUUCAGGUGAACAUUGUGACCCUAAGAUCUUUUGUUAGAUAUGGUACUAUUUUAUCUUAUUAUUAUUAUCAUUUUAAAAUCAUUUUUGAAUACUUUAGCUGAUCUCGAUGUUCAGUCAAAUUAACAGAAAAUUAUAUAAGAUUAAUUAGUUGAAUCUAAUUGCAAUCCAUUUUGUAAUUCGAUUAAAAAUGCUUUAUGUCUUUGAUUUAUCUCAGUUUGAUGAAAUAUCAUUUCAUCAGGGCAUGUAACUACGAAACAUCAGUUUAUACAUACUAUUUUCAGUUUUAUCAUUUGAGCCGUUCCUAGCAAAAAGGGCCCUUAAGUAUAUCAGUUCGAAGUUAUGAACUAUAGAUAAUAUCCCUCAAAAUAUUAGAGCAAUGAUGAUUGUCAUUUAAAAUAUUACAGUCAAUAAAAGAUGACAACCAACUCCUGAUGGGUAACCAUGACCUUUUUCUUUACAAGUAUUCAAAAAUGACUUCACAUUUUUUCAUUAUGACGUUUUUUGAAAAAUAUUUUUUUUUUAAAAGAUAAGGGUCCUUUUUGCUAGGAACGACUCAUUUAAGAGUGUGCAUUUUUUGUGAUAUACCUGUAUUGUAAUUGUAAAUUCUAGCUCAAGUAAGCUUUUCUUAAUAAAAGAAAAAUAUGGU